AUGCCUCCAAAAGCUGACUGGGAAAAAUACGAGAAGCGAGUCGACGACAAGGAUGAGGAGAAGAUUGUCGCUCUCGAUGACAGUGAUAUUCAAAUUCUCAAGACUUAUGGUCAAGGACCAUACGCCAAGAAGCUGAAGGAGGUUGAGAACGAUAUCAAGGUCAUUGAGAAGCGGAUAAACGAGAGACUUGGCGUUAAGGAAUCCGACACUGGUCUUGCCCCUCCCAACCUAUGGGAUCUUGCUGCCGACAGGCAAAGAAUGAGCGAGGAACACCCUCUUCAAGUCGCUCGGUGUACAAAGAUUAUUCCUAUGGACCCCAAACUCGCCGAGGCUGCAAGAGCAGUUAACGCUCCUGGUGCCCCACAAGGCCAGAAGGGUGCCGACGAACAAGACAAAUAUGUCAUCAACAUCAAGCAGAUUGCAAAGUUUGUCGUGGGCCUUGGUGACCGCGUUGCUGCAACAGACAUUGAGGAGGGCAUGCGAGUGGGUGUCGACCGAACCAAGUAUCAAAUUCAGAUACCGCUACCUCCCAAGAUCGACGCCUCUGUGACUAUGAUGCAGGUCGAGGAGAAGCCUGAUGUGACUUACUCGGAUAUCGGUGGUUGCAAGGAGCAGAUUGAGAAGCUUCGAGAAGUUGUGGAAACCCCUUUGCUUUCGCCCGAACGAUUCGUGAACCUCGGUAUCGACCCACCGAAGGGUAUCCUACUGUACGGCCCUCCCGGUACCGGAAAGACGCUGUGUGCUCGCGCCGUUGCCAAUCGAACGGAUGCAACCUUCAUCCGGGUGAUUGGUUCAGAGUUGGUGCAGAAGUAUGUCGGCGAAGGUGCGCGUAUGGUCCGUGAAUUGUUCGAGAUGGCCCGGAGCAAGAAGGCGUGUAUCAUCUUCUUCGAUGAAGUCGACGCUAUCGGUGGUGCUCGUUUCGAUGAUGGAGCUGGUGGCGACAAUGAAGUGCAGAGGACCAUGUUGGAACUCAUUAACCAGUUGGAUGGUUUCGACCCUCGAGGAAACAUCAAGGUCCUCAUGGCCACCAAUCGACCCGAUACUCUCGACCCUGCUCUACUGCGUCCAGGUCGUCUGGAUCGUCGGGUAGAAUUCUCCCUACCAGACAAUGACGGCCGUGCCCACAUUCUCCGCAUUCACGCCCGAAGUAUGAGCGUAGAGCGCGACAUUCGUUUCGAUCUCAUUGCCCGAUUGUGCCCCAAUACGACCGGUGCUGAGCUGCGUUCUGUCGCAACCGAGGCUGGUAUGUUUGCCAUUCGUGCAAGGCGGAAGGUCGCUACGGAGCGUGACUUUUUGGAUGCGGUGGAGAAGGUCGUCCGACAGGGAACCAAGUUCUCCAGCACACCGUUAUACCAAGUGUACAAUUAGUUUUCUUUAUGAUUUUAGUCUUUAGAGCGGCGCUUAAUGACGUUGUGUAUAUUUAUAAUGCAUUCCUUGCUAUACUGGGCCCGAG